UGUCAAGCACAUAUAAACUCCACUUUGGCCAGAUCGCUUCGGGGGAUCUUCUCCUCUCCUCUUUUCUCCACUCUUUUCUCCACUCUUCCCCUUCAAUCUCCACUCGCCACAUCCAUUCUUCCCGUCCUUCUCCCCGCCAUUAUCCCCGUCAGCUAUCUUUCCACGCUAUGAGCUAUGAGCUAGCUUUGACAUGCAGCAAUCGGAACACCAAGUCCCACAAUUGCUGCACGUAUGCUCCUCGACCUUGGAGACAAAAACCCGACUGUCCCCGAUAAUUCCGCCGGCAAAUUUUCCCCGUAGGAUUCCCCGACAAGGCGGCGAAGUAGAGUAAGGGGAGGCUUCCGCGGACUUGCUUAGCUUACUACGCUUCCCCGAAUACCACCUGCCAACUCUAAGGAACUGCCUGUGCACGUGUCAUCGACAUUAGCAACAGUUGGCAACAAAAGCCUUUCCCGAACAUCCUAUCUCAACAGGGCAAACACACCCUUCCUGAUACAGUACUAAAAUAGUUCUUAAUUAUACUAAACAACGCCUCCACUGCACCUUACCUUAAGCGGAAUACUGCGUGUAUACAUUAAGGUAGCGAGCCAUUUCUAUCGGCUGUAACAGGGCCUAAUUACAGUGAUUCGGCUGCGCCCUCACUAACGUCGAGCUAUGCGCUGUGGUGCGGCUCAGGACCAAAGGAUCAAGAAAAACCCGCCGAAGUAUAUAUCAGCCACUCGACAGCGUCGGGGAAUGAAACAUUCCUUAUACUGUAUACCUUGCACGUGGCGCCGGUAUUCCAGGUAAGCUUCUCUUGGUGAGUUCCGCAUACUUCCAUUGGCGUUAAUGAUGGGAUCGGGAAAUCAUCAAUCCUCACUUUCACAUACCUCUCAUUUCUCCCGGUGUCGACGAUGGCAUCGGGUAAUCAUCUAUUUUCGCUUUCACAUACUCCCCGUUGUGCAGCGAGAGAACCGCAGGCACCGGGAAACAUGGGCUUGUUCCUAGAUCUGAGUUAUCCACGAGGCGCAAGCACCGGGAAACAUGGGCACGUCGCUGGAUCUCGAGUUGCAUGCGAGGAUAAUCCUGUAUUUGCAUCUGAGUGAGGUGGCCAUAGAAAUGUACAAAAGAAACGCAGAAAUGUCAAAAAUUAUUUUGGCAAAAGAGUUCAGAUCAAAAUCAAGAGUUUAGGAUAUUUCGUCGAUGUUUUGAAAUUUACAGUGCAAGUCUCGACGAUGGCAGGUCUUCUCAAGUUGUAUCUCUUUGGAGACCAAACAUAUGAUAUACAGCCGCACUUGAGAGAUCUGCUUCAGCACAGAGACAACCCAGUCCUAGAGGACUUCCUCGUCAAAGCAUACGAUGCAGUUAGAGCGGAGAUAUACAAACUCCCGCACCAGGCCAGAGAGGAUGUUCCUCGAUUUACCUGUCUUGACGACUUACUCUUGUGGAACCAGAGUGGCAAGCGAUGUAUACCCCUUGAUAUGGCUGUUACUUGCAUAUAUCAGUUGGCGAUUUUCAUUAGCCAAGCAGACAGUUGGCAUUAUGAUGUAAACAAGUCUCGGAUUAGCGGUCUUUGUACAGGUGCAUUUUCUGCAUCCGCUGUCAGCUGCAGCCAUAGCAUACUGGAUCUCGUUCCAAAGGCCGUGAGUGCAGUUACCAUAGCCUUCAGGACAGGCGUAUGCGUGUCUGCUGCUGCAAACCGAGUGGCACCCGUUCUGCACGAUAAUUCUGACCAGAGCUGGUCCAUCAUCGUCAGUGGAUCGACUUCAUUUGAAGCCGUUCAUAAGUUCUGUGAGCAAACUGCACUGCCAUUAACAAGCAGGCCCUAUGUGAGCGCCUAUAUGCCAACCGGAAUUACCGUGAGCGGACCACCAAAAUCACUCGCACAACUCAUAAAUUCCGAGAGCUUCAGGGGUCUUAGGUUCAAGAGCAUCCCAAUAUACGGACCAUAUCACGCCCAGCAUUUAUAUUCUGAAUUUGAUAUUAGCCACAUCAUUAGAGAUAUAACCUCUAGGUCGAUCUUAUCCUCUAAGCACAUUCCUCUCUCCUCAAGUACAGGAGCUAUUGUAGAGGGAAAUUUUGCAAAACAUUUAGAGGCUGCGGUUAGGCAAGUUCUACUUCAACCAAUCCGAUGGAGCGAUAUCCUUGAUAAAUUGCAGGACUACAUUCAGAAGGUAGGGCCAGAAUCAUUCAGGAUCAUUCCUAUUGCGACUGCUGCCGACCAGCUCAUCUAUACCGCUCUCAAGCAGACACCGUUGAGAACGUUGGUGCCUUCCACGAUAACUCAUGUCAAACCAACCUCCAAUGGAGAUUCCUCAUAUUCUGGUCCUAAGCAGCCUAAGCUUGCCAUCAUCGGCAUGUCUGGGCGAUUCCCUGGUGCCAAAGACAACGAAGCAUUCUGGGAUCUUUUGCACCAAGGCUUAGAUGUUCACAAACCCGUCCCGGCCUCGCGAUGGGAUACCAAAACACACGUCGACCCCACCGAAACUAAGAAAAACACGAGCGCUGCGCAAUUCGGCUGCUGGCUUGACGAUCCGGCCGGGUUUGAUGCCCGUUUCUUCAAUAUUUCCCCGCGAGAGGCACCCCAAAUCGACCCUGCGCAACGACUUGCUUUGAUGACGGCCUAUGAAGCAAUCGAACAAGCCGGUAUUGUUUCGGAUGCCACUCCUUCCACCAGACCUGAUCGUAUCGGCGUCUUUUAUGGCGUGACGAGCAAUGACUGGAUGGAGACAAAUAGCGCCCAAAAUAUCGAUACCUACUUCAUCCCAGGUGGGAAUCGAGCGUUUAUUCCGGGCCGCAUAAACUACUGCUUUAAGUUCAGUGGCCCGAGUUAUGCGGUUGAUACGGCUUGCUCCUCUAGCUUAGCUGGAAUACACUUGGCGUGCAACUCGCUAUGGCGUGGGGAUAUCGAUACGGCCAUUGCGGGUGGAACGAACGUCCUAACCAACCCCGAUUUCACAGCAGGUCUCGAUCGAGGACACUUUCUUUCACGGACAGGAAAUUGCAAGACGUUCGAUGAUAGUGCCGAUGGGUAUUGCCGUGGAGAAGGAAUCGGGACUGUUAUCAUCAAGCGCCUUGAUGAUGCUCUUGCGGAUAAUGACCCGAUAUUAGGAGUUAUUCUAGGUGCUUACACCAACCACUCAGCAGAGUCAGAGUCGAUCACCCGACCACAUUCUGGAGCUCAGCGUGCUAUUUUCAGCAAAAUUUUGAACCAAGGUGCUGUUGAUCCCUAUACUGUUAGCUACGUUGAGAUGCAUGGCACAGGUACACAAGCUGGCGAUGCUGGAGAGAUGUCUAGUGUGCUAGACACCUUUGCACCACCACUGUCCCUGGUCAAACGGGGAAGGAAAAGUGACGAGGCGCUCUAUCUCGGAUCAGCCAAGGCCAACAUCGGCCAUGGCGAGGCUUCCUCGGGUGUGUCGAGUCUCAUCAAGGUGCUGCUGAUGAUGCAGAAAAAUACGAUGGUUCCUCACGUAGGAAUCAAGACAAAGAUUAACCACAAUUUCCCAACCGAUCUACAGGAAAGAAACGUCAAUAUAGCUCUCGAGCCGAGGCGCUGGGACAGGAACUCCGACCCCUCUAAGCCUAGGCGAGCCUUUGUAAACAACUUCAGUGCCGCAGGUGGGAACUCGGCCCUGCUGAUCGAAGAUGCGCCCAUUCGGCAGAAAUUCACUGCAGACGCAGACCCACGAAGCUCUCACCUCGUGGCUAUAUCGGCCAAAACUGGCAUAUCGCUCCAAAAUAACCUCAGUUCCAUACUUGCGUUUCUGAAGCAGAACCCCGAUGUCUCUCUAGGUCAGCUCUCGUACACCACCACUGCACGUCGCAUGCAUCAUCAGCACCGUGUGAUGGUCGCUGGCUCGACUGCCGCAGAAAUCGGUGCCCAGAUUGAGACAGCCCUUCGGGACAAGGCGGGAAUGACGAGGCCAAAGAGCUCCCCGAAGAUUGUCUUCACCUUCACUGGUCAGGGCGCCCAGUACCCCGGGAUGGGAAAGGAGCUGUUCGACAACUUCUCCAUCUUCCGCAAUGAGAUGUGCCGCUUGGAUCAGGUUGGGCAGAGUCUAGGCUUCCCAUCCAUGUUGUCGGUUAUCCAAUCCGAGGAACAAGACAUUGGCGUCUUUGCCCCUACUGCUGUCCAGCUCGCGAGUGUCUGCAUGCAAAUCGCGCUAAGCAAGAUGUGGGCAUCGUGGAAUAUCACCCCCGUUGCUGUUGUCGGGCACAGCCUAGGAGAAUAUGCUGCGCUUAACGUUGCGGGAGUGCUCUCUGACGCAGACACGAUCUAUCUUGUCGGCAAUAGAGCUAAUUUGCUUCAAGAAAAAUGCACGCGUGACACUCACGCAAUGCUCGUUGUUAAGGGGUCGGUGGAUGAAAUCGCAGGCGUUCUGAAAGACAACAAAUACGAAAUCGCGUGCAUCAACUCACCAAUCGAGACUGUCUUGGCGGGAUCUAAGGAGCAAGUAUCCGCGGUGAAGGGAGUGCUCACAUCCUCGGGUAUGAAAUCCACACUUCUCAGUGUUCCCUACGCAUUCCAUUCCUCUCAAUUGGACCCAAUGCUUUUGGAUUUUAAGAAAAUCGCAAGCGGUGUAACGUUUUUGAGUGCCAAGAUCCCCGUCUUAUGCCCCUUGGAUGGCACGGUUGUGGAUGGCAGUGGUAGCUUCAACCCCGAGUACCUUGCAAGCCAUUCUCGCCAGCCUGUCAACAUGCAAAAGGCACUCCUGGCCGCACAAGGCAAAAAUAUCAUAACUGACCGCACGAUGAUGCUCGAAAUCGGCCCGCAUCCGGCUAUCGCAGGCAUGGUCAAGGCUGUUCUAGGGUCGCAAGUAACAUCUCUCGCCUCGUCACAGCGUGGCAGAACGGCCUGGCAGGUCCUGGGGGCUACAUUGAAGACUCUCUACGCUGCAGGAUCUGAUAUCCGCUGGGCAGAAUACCAGCGCGAUUUCAAGGCUUCUCAUACCGUCAUCCCAUUGCCAGCUUAUAGCUGGGACUUGAAGGAGUACUGGAUGCAAUAUGUGAACGACUGGUCUCUACGUAAAGGGGAUCCACCCCUGAUGAUCAACUCUUCGAAGCUCGAGAGCACAACCGUGCAUCGGGUUGUAGAAGAGACAGGCGAUUCACAAGCCACUCAUAUUGUCGUCGAGGCAGAUAUCGCGCGCAAGGAUCUAAGCCCGCUCGUACAAGGACACGAGGUCGACGGGAUUCCACUCUGCACCCCAUCUGUCUACGCCGAUAUGGCGUUGACCCUAGGCACCUACCUCCGUGAGCGCUAUCGUCCUGAUUUGCAGGAUGAUCUUGUAGAUGUGUCGGACAUGACUAUUUCGAAGGCACUGAUCCUGCGGGUCGGUGCUACCCAACAGCUCCUUCAGGCACACGCUGAAGUGGAUUGGCCAUCCCAAUCUGCAUCUGUGAAGUUUAUGUCCUUUGAUAACAAGGAGAAACUACAAGAGCAUGCACGAUGCGUUCUUCGCUUCAAGGACAGAAGCCUCCAGCAAGUACUCCAAGAAGAUUCAGCCAAUGUGAAGAGGAAGAUGCAAGCUCUCCGGGACGGGAUCGCCGCCGAAACCACUGCGCGAUUCAACCGCCCCAUGGUGUAUCGUGCUAUCCGGCCGUUGGCACGGUUCCACGACGACUACCGUGCCAUAGACGAAGUUGUCCUGAACAGCACGACGCUCGAGGCCUCAAGUCGCCUCAGUUAUGGGAGUGUGAAAAGAGGCGGCACCUAUCAUACUCAUCCCGCCAUUAUUGAUUCCUUGACGCAAUCCUGUGGAUUCACAAUGAACUGCAAUGAUAGGACCGACCUAGACGUCGAGGUCUACAUGAACCAUGGAUGGGGCACACUGCAAAUCUUUGAGCCAAUAGAUUUUGAAAAGGAGUACACCACCUACACACGCAUGGAAGAGGGGGCCGACAAGUUGUGGCACGGCGAUGUUGUCAUCUUUGACGGCGAGAAAGUCGUUGCCUUCUUUGGGCAGAUUUCGAUACAAGGCGUACCACGUAGAGUCCUAAAGAUAGUCCUGUCAAUCGAAAGCGGAAUCAAGUCACAGAAACAGCAACCCGUACAGAUCAAGCAGCAGCCUUCUAGUACGACCCCAGCUUUUGCACCGGGUCUCGGUCAAUCCCCUCCUCCAGCCACCAGGGAGUCCCAUUCAUACAAGCUUGAAAAGGCACUGUCGAUAAUUUCGGACGAGAGCGGGCUCUCUAUGGCCGACUUGACCGAUAGCACCGUUUUCGCCGAGGUCGGCAUCGACUCUCUCCUCGGGCUAACCAUCUCAGCUCGCUUCAGGGAGGAACUUGAUAUGGACCUUGAUUUCAACGCACUGUUCUACGAAUACCCCAGCGUUAGCGAUCUUAAAGAGUUCCUAGGGGAGCCUAGAGCCAACAGUUCUGCGAGCUCCACCGACUCUAGGUCAUCGACUCCGGUGACCAGUGGAACGGGGUUGACGACUCCUUCUCCCCCUGUCGACUUUCAGUGUGCUCUCCAGAUUAUCUCAGAGGAGAGUGGAUUUGCAAUCGAGGAUCUCACCGAUGAUACAAACUUCGCAGAGUCUGGCGUAGACUCUCUUUUGUCGCUUGUCAUUGUGAGUCGGCUCCGAGACGAGCUCGAGCUUGACAUCCAGCACGAGUCUCUUUUCCUCGAGUGUCCGACCGUGGCGGAUCUGAAGCAAUUGUUGCUUGGGUUGAUAAAUCCAAGCCAUGCCGUCAAUCCGCAAACACAGCUUGAGCCGAUGCUCCAUGCAGCUCCUACAAUAGAGGCAGACUUCACAAGGCGGAACCGUGCGCCGCAGCGUACUGAGAGCGAAACUGCGGCACUAGCAGCUCGCAAGAAAGCCGUCGACGACUACGUCCACAAGUACACGAUCGGGUUCUCCGCGCCCGGUUCCUCGCCAUCAUCUACCGCACCAAAAGAGAACGAGAAAGUUGUUCUGGUAACAGGAGCAUCAGGAAGCCUAGGAGGUAACCUAGUCUACCAUAUCGCACAGCUUCCUGAUGUGAAGACAGUCGUCUGCUUAAAUCGUGAGAACAGAGCCGAGCCCUACAACCGUCAAUACAAGGCUAUGAGGGAGAAGGGCAUUCGAUUCCCUGAAGCCCUCAAGCCGAAGCUGCUUGUGUUGCAGACUGACAGCUCGAAGCCAAUGUUUGGCCUGUCGAAGAGUGAAUACGAAGGACUCGUCAGUUCCGUGACCCACAUCAUCCAUAAUGCAUGGCCCAUGAGUGCGAAGCGCCCCUUAGCCGGCUUUGAGUCGCAGUUCCAAGUUAUGCGCAAUCUCAUCGAUUUUACUUGCGAAGUCGCGUCCGGGCGCCCAGAGAGCUUCAAGUUUAGUUUCCAGAUGGUGUCUUCCAUCGGCGUCGUUGGCAAUUAUGGUCUUGGAAAUGGCGAGGCUAAAACAAUCGUGCCCGAGGAGAGACACACCAUCGACUCGGUGUUGCCAAACGGCUACGGUGACGCAAAAUGGGGAUGUGAGAGGAUGCUCGAGGACACAAUACAAAAGCAUACAAACCGUAUCCGCACAAUGGCUGUUCGUCUAGGACAGAUUGCCGGGUCUAAGACUAGCGGGUACUGGAAUCCCAUGGAGCAUUUUGGAUUCUUGAUCAAGUCGUCGCAGACAUUGAACGUUUUGCCAGACGUGGACGGCAAGGUCUACUGGACUUCGGUUAACGAUAUUGCCGGUACGUUGUCAGACCUGGUCCUGUCUGAUCGCACUCCUCACCCCAUCUACCACAUCGAAAAUCCCGUUGGCCAACCGUGGCGCGAGAUGAAUGCUAUCCUAGCAGAUGCGCUGAAGAUCCCAAACCUAAUCCCAUUCAAGGAGUGGGUCGAGCGCGUACGAGCAGCACCGCAGCGAAACAACCCAGCUUCCACUCUCCUUGAAUUCUUAGACAGCAACUAUCUUCGGAUGUCUUGCGGCGGGCUCGUUUUGGACGUGAAAAACACUCUUGAACAUUCUAAGACCCUUGCUGCCGUUGGGCCCGUGCCUGAGGAGGUGGCGAGGAAAUACAUUCACAUUUGGAAAGAAAUCGGUUUCUUAAACUAACCGGCCUACUCUAAAUUGGACAUACUAUAUAUAGGCACGGAGGUGUUUAUAAAUGCAUAAUGCAGAGAGUUUUGAUAUAUUUAGAUAGAGCUUUGAUAUAAUGAAUAUUUUUACAACGGAG